UUUGUGACUGAAUUUGGAGUGAUUUGGUGGUGUUUUUGGGUUGGUUUGCACUGAAUUUGUGAUUUGUUUGGUGUUGGUUUUUGUGUGGUUUGUGGCUGAUUUUGUGAUGAUUUGGUGGUGGUUUUUGGAUGGGUUUGUGGCUGGAUUUAUGAGUAACCGUUUUCAGAUGAAGGAAAAGAAGAAGAUGGGAGGUGGAGGCAGAGAUGAAGAAGAAAUGGGAAGGGAAAAGAGAAAUACAAUUUUAGCCUUGAACGGAUAAAAAAGAAACGGUAUCCAUUUAAGGGUGGGAAUCUGGAAUUUAUGAAAUCUGUGUACCACUCAGGAUUUCAAUAAACCUUGGGUGGAACAUGUCGUUUACUCUAUUUUGUGUAUUCCGUAGUGGUUAACCGCGUUUAGUUUUCCCUUCUCCAUAACCUAUCAAACCCUUCCACGUGUUAUAAUUUGCAGAUUGAUGAGAAAAUAUGAAGCUUCCAGAAUCCACUGGUAAGGCGCAAAAAUUUUCGUGGUUGACAAGAAAUAAAAUGGCAAGUUCUACUUAUUUGUUAUUUUAUUGAUUGAGAGGAUUCAAGCAUCUGUUUGUGUGAUUGCAAUCGGAAGAGCAAGAUGAUUGAGGUGGUGUUGAACGAUAGAUUAGGGAAGAAGGUCCGCGUGAAAUGCAAUGAAGACGACACCAUCGGCGACCUCAAGAAGCUAGUGGCUGCUCAGACAGGGACACGACCCGAUAAAAUUAGAAUCCAAAAAUGGUACACAAUUUACAAAGACCAUAUCACUCUUAAAGACUACGAGAUCCACGACGGCAUGGGCCUCGAACUCUAUUACAACUAAAUUCUUCUACCAGUACGUUGGGUCAUAUCAAAUUGCAUGGUGCUGCUGAGGUGUGUGUUCCGAUUGUUGGAGUGAAUGCCUUGUUUCUCAAGUAAUAUUGUCUCUGUGUAAUGUGUGUUAUUGACUUGUUUGGACAUGUGAAAAACAAGUAACUGCUGAACUCUGUUUGCAUGUUAUUUUGUCCUCUGUAAUCUGUGCAACUAAUAUAAGUCAAUCCUGGAUUAGUCGCU